AUGAGUACUUUAUCUUAUAAUGAUUCAUUCAAAGUAAUUAAAGACUCAUGCCAUGCAAAACUUACAUUUUUAGAUGCUGUUAUCAAGCAAUGCAAUUCAUUUAUCGAAUCGAAUCAGAAGUUCAUUAAAAGUAUCAGCCAGAUUCCUUUGGACAUCCCAAGCAAGAGAUCAAAAGGCCUUACAAACUUUGUUAACAAUGUCAAAGGGCCAACUAAUUUUAAAGGAACUGAACCAGAAUUCAUGCAAAGAUUAAAUGAAAUCUGCCAAAUAGUAUUUUCAUCGCCUCCUGGACUGCAGAAAGAAGUCCAAUACUUCCAAGAUGCCUUUGUUACAAAGAUAAUUGAAGCACGAAAGAGAUUUGAAACGAAUUCGAACAACAUGAUUCAAAUGGGCAACUAUUGCGCUCAGAUGCUCGUCAGCAUUACGAAUGAAUAUAAUAAAGCAAUGUCUAAAUACAAAGAUCUUUCUAAAGAGUUGGAAAACUUAUAUCCGAAAAAAGAUGAUCCGAAAAUUUCAUCAAAAUAUAGCUCAACUCUCGAUGCAUUUUACGCAGCUGAAGAAGAAGUCUUUAAUCUCCACAAUAAGCGAAACGAUGCUGAAGCUUCUUGGGCUGCAAACAUGGAAGAUAUCUUAUACAAAUAUGAAAUGCUCGAUAGCCGCCUGAACAACGAAAUUUCGGAUGCUUACAUUAAUUUCUCACCUUUCAUCGAGGAAAUCAAAGAAGAAAGAGAUUUGAUUACUAACCGAUUAAAAGCAGCCGGCGAAACCGAUCAAUUAAGCUACGACUUAAGAGAUACAUUGAGAGAAUGCUCAACUUCAAGCGGAGAAACAAUUUACGCGGAGUUAACCUUCCCUGGUUUAUCUUUCGAUCCAGCAAAGUAUUUAACGCGAUCGACAUUCGAAGCAGUUGAGUCCUGCAGAGUCGCCAUUCUCACACAGGACAUCCAAUCCACUGCUCCAGAGAUUCAUGAUCUUAAGAAGGGCCAAGUUGUUCUUGCCCGGCCAGACUCCAGUGGAAUACUCUUUGCCCAGUCUGGAGAUUUCAUUGGCGUCAUUCUUGAGGGUUCUUACCAAUCUUUAGUUUCAAGUUACAUUCCAAAAGUCGGAAGAGCUGUUAAGAGCUUCGCUGGACCACCAGAGAUAAAUGUUGAUGAUGCAGUAUAUAUUCACUAUAAGAGCGGUCCAAAAGCUUACAUCACAACAAUGAAUUUCGAAUUUACAGAAAUUCCGGCUGAAUUUGUGGAGUAG